AUGAUCCAAUAUAUAUUGGUCGAGGAUGUUCUAAAGUUGAAGUCUGGUGGUGAAGCAGUAUUACAGGAGUAUCAAGAAAUGGAAACCCUUACAGGUGCCGCAAGACGACAAAUGAUCAACAUACUGGUGGCUCACAUGAUUGAUACACAUGGGCAACUCCCUACUAAAGCUAUCAGAGAACAGUGCGCUCUUGGCAUAGUGAUGCUGUUCCCUUCCCUCAGAGAUCCAUAUUCCAAGAAAGGCUAUGUUGAUCAAGACUUCACUCUCCUGUUUGACACCGAGACAUCCUCCAGGCUACUUCAGAAGUGGGACACGUUCUUCAGGCCAAAUGUCAUUAAAGAAGCCAAGCAACUUACUUCAACAGCAGACCUGAGUCAGUUGUUGCUCUCAGCAGAAUGUCCUAACAGUAGUGACCUUCAUGAAACAAGUAAAAUCAGUGCAUGUGAUGCUGCUAAAAGACUUGUAGUCUUUCAUAAGUCAUGCUGCAGUUUGGAGGAGCACCUCAACAACAACCAGCGUCAGCAUCCGUACCUCCUUGCUGUUGGACGCCAGAAAAGCAAGAUUGAGUGCUUCUACAUCGUCUUGGAUAAGCAUCUCAUCCCAUGCCAGGCAAACCGCUCCCUUGGAGCUUUUGAUGAACUUUUCAAGGCACAUUUUGUGUUCAAUUUGUGCUAUGAUAGUGCACUUAUGAACUUUUACACAUUCCUGCAGACAACAGUGUAUAACAUUGAUAUAGGUCAAAUGAAGGAGUCUCCCAGGGUUAGAAAUUUGAGAGCCAGACUGCUUAACCAGACACAAGGUUGUAGGCAUCAGUUCCAAACAUAUGCAGGUUUUCGUAAGCACCUCAAUAGUGUUCAUAGCAGUGUUCAGCUGAUUGCUCCAACUUCAACUGUUGGAUGUUCCGCAAAUGAGCCAGUUGCAAGCUCAUCUUAUGCUUUGGAGGACGUUAUGAAUCCCCAGCAUCUAUCUCCUUGUUCCAGUGCUUUAUCUGAUAACAAUGAUUCAGGGCUUACUAAGAAUUCAGCUAAAGGAUUGUGUGAAUCCAUUGUGGCCAAAAUACAAGCAAGUGGGAUUCCAAACAGUUUGGUGUCCUCAAUUGUGGGAGAUUUAGAGGAACUAACAGAUGAGCUUAACUCGCAGGUUUGA